GUGUUCAAGUACUUGGCUCCAACUGUUUACUGUGUGGAGGGUUACAGACGAAGAGAAACAGCGGUAUGUGAGCUCCGUUUGGUGUUUUCUUUCCGGGGUUGGCUGCGCUGACAGAAGCGGGGUCUGGGACGACACGGAGCAGCCGCGGGGCUGUGAACGCAGCACACCAUGGACUCGGCUCCCGGAUGAUUUAAAAGGGAAUCAUGUCUGUCAGCGUCCUGCUGUCACUGCUGCUGCUGGUGGCUUCGUGUCACCAGCAGGUCACUUCAGGCUCCCAGGUCCUGCCUGCGGACGGAUUACCAGGAAAAAGCUCAGAAACCACAUCAAACAUGCUGCGUGAAGUCGACAGCAACAACGACGAGUGCGACCUUGUGAUGAAUCACACAGCUGCAGAGCGCUGUACAUUUGUGAGGAACACACCUGACUGUGACAUGGGAGACGGCUUCAUCAACUACCUUGAUGUGGCCUUCUGUCUGCUGCCGCCCUACCUCACUCCUCUCACCAUCACCCUCUGUAUUAUUUGGCUGCUCUUUCUGUUCGUCAUUCUGGGACUGACUGCUUCCAAGUUUUUCUGCCCCAACCUGUCGGCCAUAUCCUGCAGUCUGCAUCUCACCCACAACGUGGCUGGUGUAACUUUUCUGGCCCUUGGAAAUGGAGCUCCUGACAUCUUCAGCGCCAUGGCGGCAUUUUCCCACCCACACACGGCCGGGAUGGCUGUCGGAGCUCUGUUUGGCGCUGGUAUAUUUGUCACUACAGUAGUUGCGGGGAAUGUCGCUCUGUUCAAACCUUUCGAUGUUGCUUCACGUCCGUUUCUCCGAGACGUCAUCUUCUACAUGGUUGCAGUGUAUUGGACUUUUAUUAUGCUGUACAGAGGAACCACAACGCUUGGAGAAACACUGGGCUACCUGGGGCUGUACGUGUUGUACGUAGUGACCGUUAUCGUCAGCGCCUACAUCUACAACAGGCAGAAGCAUUCCCUGAACACAAGCAUACAAAACAAUACACAUGUUCCAGCAGAGUUUCAUUCGUCGGAUGAUGAUGACGAUGAUGUUCCCGGGUUCCUGCCUGCAAGUCUGCUGCAGGAGUACGAGUCGGAGUACACGCCGCUUCUGACGUCCUCAGAGUCCACAGUUCAGAUCCUUCUGAGGUCUCUGAACCCAGUGGACAGCAGACAGUGGAGAAGGAAACCUUGGAACUGGAAAGUGUUUAAAGUACUCAAGAUCCCAGUGGAGGUGCUGCUGCUGCUUUGCAUCCCCGUAGUCGACCCUGACAAGGAGGACCGCAACUGGAGGCGGCCAUUAAACUGCAUCCAGCUGAUCACAGCUCCGCUGGUGUGUGUGCUGGCCUUCCAGUCUGGACAGUACGGGAAACACAUGAUCCAAGGGGAGUUUCCCCUCUGGCUGCUGGUCCUCCUGCUGGGAUUCUUCUUCUCUGCUAUCGUCUUCUUCACAACCACCAACGACUGUCCUCCUAAAUAUCAUCCAUUCUUCGCCCUUGUGGGAUUUGUGGUCAGCGCAGUGUUGAUCAGCGCAGCGGCCUCUGAAGUGGUCAGCCUCCUGCACAUGCUCGGAGUGGUGCUGAGUCUCAGCAACACGGUGCUGGGGUUAACGCUGCUCGCGUGGGGAAACAGCAUAGGAGAUUGUUUCUCCGACAUCACUCUCGCCCGGCAGGGUUACCCAAGAAUGGCGAUAGCUGCCUGUUUUGGAGGCAUCAUUUUCAACAUGCUGUUUGGUGUGGGUUUGGGAUGUCUGGUGCAGAUGAUGAAAACAAAAGUAGAUGUACAGUUUGAAUCCGAGGGCGUGCUGACGUGGAUUCUUGCGGGAUCUCUGGGUUUGUCUCUGGUCGUCUCCUUCAUCACGGUGCCUCUGUGCCGCUUCCGCCUGGGCCGCCCCUACGGGAUCUUCCUCCUCGUUUUUUACGUCGCCUUCCUCGUUGUUGCACUGCUCGCAGAGUUUAACAAGCUCCCCAUAUGAGCAGACGCGACGUGAGAACGGACCACUGGAGCAGAGGCUGUCAUGUUAUCCUUUACCAACAAUCAAUGCACCUGUUUGCUGCCCACUGCCGGCCCUGCAGGGAGCCGGAGACAGCUCAGGGAUGGCUCAAACAGAUCACUGUGCCUUCGUUCGGCGUCUCGUGUGACGAGACUUGGAUGCACUUCUUGAGCUCUGACUUGAGUCCAGAGAGACAACACAGGAUGUUAAAAUUUAUUUAACUCUUUAUGAAUUAACUGUGUAUCGUAAAUCUAAACUGUUGAUGACUUUGUUGUAAGCUACUGAUUGGGAUUAAAAAAGCUGGUUUGGUA